AUGAGUAAUUAUAAUGAGAGUAUACAACCAUGGGUUGAAAAAUAUCGCCCAAAAGACAUUGAUAGCGUUAGCUCACAAGAACAAACUAUUGCGGUUUUAAAAACAACACUCAAGUCACAAAAUUUGCCACAUAUGUUGUUUUAUGGACCUCCAGGAACUGGAAAAACUUCAACAAUAUUAGCUUUAGCUCAUGAAUUGUUUGGUCCAGAAUUAAUGAAAAGUCGUGUUUUGGAAUUGAAUGCAUCAGAUGAACGUGGAAUUCAAGUUAUUAGGGAAAAGGUAAAAAAUUUUGCACGUGCAACAGUUAGUCGACAUGUAAGCGAAUAUCCUUGUCCACCUUACAAAAUCAUUAUACUGGAUGAAGCUGAUUCAUUGACACAUGAUGCUCAAACAGCUUUAAGACGCAUAAUGGAAAACUAUUCUAGAAUCACUCGUUUCUGUUUGAUUUGUAAUUAUGUUAGCCGUAUAAUAGAACCAUUGACUUCUCGUUGUGCAAAAUUUCGAUUUAAACCACUGGAUAUUUCAAGUGCCAAAAAACGAAUUGAACAUAUUUGUGAAAAUGAAAAUAUUAAUUAUGAUCCCAAGGCUAUAGAUGAGAUUCUUAAAAUAUCUAAUGGUGAUUUGAGAAAAUCUAUAAUGUUUCUUCAAAGUGCAGCCAGAUUACAUCAAAAUGAAAGAAUUACUGCUGAUUCAAUUUUAGAAAUUGGAGGGGUUGUGCCAGAUGAUAUUAUUGACAAAUUGAUUGAGACUGCUUAUAUGCCUAUAAAUGACGAAUCAUUAAAUUUGAUAGAUAAUAUUAUUGCAUCAGGAUUUUCUGCUAUUUGUGAUAAAGUAGUAGUUGAUGAACAACUAAACAAUGAUCAGAAAGCUUGUAUAGGAGAGGUUUUAGGCGAAAUUGAUAAAGAAUUAUGUGAUGGAGCUGAUGAUAAUUUUCAACUAAUGAAACUGCUUAUAAAUUUUUCUGAAAUUGUAAAUCAAUAA